CAGCUGGUCAAGCAUGACCUUGGUCACUGCAAGUACACGAUGCUUCUGGACAACAAGCUGCACUUGUCUCCUAUUCCCAAGUACCCCAAGAAGAUCCUCGAUCUUGGUACUGGUACUGGCAUUUGGGCUGUUGACAUGGCCGAGCUCUACCCUUCUGCCCGGAUCAUCGGGGUCGAUCUCUUUCCACUGCAGACCAAGAUUGUUCCGCCCAACGUUAGCUUUAAGGUAUGUUGUCUGACGAUGCUCAAGCUCCUUGUUGGCCCUCCUCGUGCUAACCUGACCAAGAUCGACAACGUGGAGGUCGACUGGCGUUGGGGCGAGAACAUCUUUGAUUUCAUCCACGCCCGUGAGCUCACCAUGACAAUCUACGACUGGCCCAACCUGGUCCAGGAGGUCUACCGAGCCCUCAAGCCCGGUGCCUACUUUGAAAUCUCUGGUUUCAUUCCCGACUAUCGUUGCGACGACGGUACUAUUCCAAAGGACUCUGCUUACGUCAAGGUGGGCAAGCUCAACUUCGAGAUUGCAGAGAAGCGCAACGAACCUAUCCGCUGGAAGACAUACCUCUUGGAUGCCGGGUUCGACGACGUUCACGAGCGAGCUCUCAAGCUUCCCAUGGGUCCAUGGCCCAACCAUCCCCAUCUCCAAAAGAUUGGAAACUUUGAGCUGCUCAACUGGCGUGACCAAGCCAUGACGACUUUCAGAAACAUGUGCCAGAACGCCCUUGGUGGCGAUCAGACCUACUACAAUGAGAUUCUUGCCCAGGCCGAGACAGAGGUCUUGAACCCCAACAUGCACAGCUACAUGCCUUUCUACGUUGUUUACGGUAGAAAGCCUCUUGAUGCCAAGCCGUGCGGUCCACGACCCGAGAAGCCCCCCGUCGUCCGCGAGAAGGUCUGGUGGAUUGGUUGGGAGGACGGUGAGAUCAAGGGGCUUUGCUGGCCACCCGGUGGUAAUGACGACCCACCCAUGAUCUAA